GUUUAAUCGCACCAAUACACUUGCUUUGCUGGAAGGAGGAUAGCAUUAGCUGCCUCUCAUUUCAGGAGAAAAGAGUCCAGUUGAAAAGUGAAGGAACAGGACAGAAAAUCAUGAGGCUGAUAUGAAAGACUCAGGAGAAGAUCUGAGGAUUGGUCCCCUUCUGUCCGGGUCACUCUCUGUCACCUGGAGGAGCAGGGAGAAGACCUGCAGGAGAAAUUAAGUCAUUCCUGUCUCUGGCCUGACUGCUGUACAACACGACCAUGGCCGGUGUUCAGCAGACUGAACUGUCAUAUGCGUGGGAAAAGUACAUGGACUGUAGGCUGCAAGGAGCAGAUCUGCAGGUCAGUCUUCAGAGUCUGGAGAAUUUCCUCUGCCUUUUCCACUAUGUGCAGCAUCACCCCAACAAUACCAAAGAUGCACUGAAAUUCUGCUCAGACAUGAGUGGAGCCAGUAACACACUGGCCAGGGAGUUCCUGACUGAUGUCCACCAACUAUGCAGUGCAGUGGCUCAAAGAGCUGAGGCUCGGGACGAAGAUGAGGAGGAAAGUCACAUGGUGGCGCUGGGGGAGUAUCUGGUCAGGGGACGGGGCUUCCUGUUACUCAGCACCCUGGACUCAAUCAUUGACCAGGAGCUGACAUGUCGGGAGGAGCUGCUCACUUUGCUUCUGUCUUUGCUGCCGCUGGUUUGGAAAAUUCCUGUACAGGAGGAGAAAGCCCCCGAUUUCACCCUGCCAUCCCUACUAGAGGUAUUCCUUAGGGAGGUGAAGGCUGUCGCUCCUAAGGCAGGAGGACAGAAGGCUACAGCAGACGAUGAAAACACUGGGAAGAGGUCCCGUGUCGGUAGUGGAACCUGGAAAUCAAGGAGAUCGCACAGAGCAGCACAGAGGUACUCUGUAAAGGAUGCUCGCAAGGCCCAGGUUUCUACCUCAGAUUCAGAAAAUAACUCUGAGGACAGACGCGCGACCCCAGGGUCAGCCGGUCCAAGGAGUCGGAGAUUACAUGGUUCCACCGUCAGGAUAACCUCUCAGCAUCAUCGUUCUGAGGUUUCCCAGUUAGCAGCUUCUGCCAGCACAACUGCUGAAAUCAUGAGUGCACCAUAUCCUCAUCCUAGAGCCCCUGGGUCUCAGGCAGUGGACACUGAGACCCUGACUGACCCAGCUGCAAUAUCAAUAUUUAACCGCAUGGAAAACUCACCCUUUGACCUCUGCCAUGUGUUGCUUUCCUUACUUGAGAAAGUCUGUAAGUUUGACAUGAACAUCAACCACAACCCUGGUCUUGCAGCCAGUGUAGUCCCCACGCUCACAGAGAUUCUCACAGAAUUUGGAGACUGCUGUGGUCCAGGGGGAGGAGGCGGUGGAACUGGGGCAGAAGAACUUGCUGGAGGUUGGACAGAAGAGCCUAUUGCUUUAGUUCAGCGGAUGCUAUUACGUACCAUCUUGCACCUUAUGUCAGUCGAUGUUAGUCAGAGUGAAACACUUCCAGACAGCCUGAGACGUAGUCUAACAGAACUGCUGCGAGCUACUCUUAAAAUCCGAAGCUGCUUAGACAGACAGGCAAACCCCUUCGCACCUCGUCCAAAGAAAACCCUGCAGGAGGUCCAAGAAGAUUUUUCAUUCUCCCGUUAUCGUCACAGAGCACUAUUGUUGCCGGAGCUACUAGAGGGAGUACUGCAAGUGCUUCUGGCCUGUCUACAGGCUUCCACACCUAACCCAUUUUUCUUUAGCCAGGCACUUGAACUUAUCCAUGAAUUUGUCCAGCACUGUGGUCUGGAGCUUUUUGAGACAACUGUGCUGAGGCUGGAGGGGCUAGGAAAGGUGAGAGAUUCUGACAUAGGAGGCGAGGCGUCAGAGAGAUUACGAGGUCUAAUAGCUGGUGUGUUUAAGAUCAUCAGUGCUGUUAAAAAAGCAAAGUCAGAACAGCUGCAUCAGUCUGUAUGUGCCAGACGGCGUCAUCGUCGCUGUGAAUACUCACACUUCCUUCAUCACCACAGAGAUCUGUCAGGUUUGCCUGUUUCUGCCUUCAAACAGGCAGCAAGACGUAAUCCUUUUGAGGAGGAAGGAGAGGGCAGGGACGGAACAGAGGUUGAUGCAGUACGCUACCCUGAACGCUGCUGCUGCCUGGCUGCCUGUGCUCACCAGUGUUUGCGACUCUUGCAACGCCUUUCUCCAAGUGGACCAGCUGUUCUGCAGGUACUUGUUGGGGUACAGGCUGUUGGAAUCUGCUGCUGUAUGGACCCACGUUCAGUUGUUGGACCUUUGCUAUAUGCAUUCCAAGCUCCUGGUCUGCGUAGUUACCAGUCCCAUGUUCUCAGUGUCCUGGCUAGACUGAUCCUAGACCAGCUUGGUGGUGGACAACCCUCAGAAAAAGCCAAACUGGCUUCUUGUAACAUCUGCACCCUGGAUAACAGCCAGCUGCCAGGUCUCGAGGAAACUUUGCAGCAUGGAGAACCUUCAUCCAUUUCGGCUGCCAGUCUUCAUUACCGCUCCCAGGGUAUUCUGCCAAGUGGAGGUGGAACAGAGGAUAUGCUGUGGAAGUGGGAUGCCCUUGAGGCCUAUCAGGAGCUUGUGUUUGGUGAAGAUUGGCUGCUGAGUCAGCAAAUAGCUGGCCACGUGUGCCACCUCACCCUGAGGGGCAACGCUAUAGUGCAGUGGCAGCUCUACACACAUAUCUUCAAUCCUGUGCUCCAAAGAGGUGUAGAACUUGCCCACCAUGCCCAACAGCUGGGCGUUUCCACUGUCUGUACUCAGGUCUGCAGUUAUCAUACGAAGUGCCUGCCGCUGGAGGUUCUACUAACAUACCUCCAGACUUUACCUGCUCUCCUCAAAUCAAGGGUGAUACGAGACCUCUUCAUGAGUUGUAAUGGACUCAAUCAGGUGACAGAGCUGGUUUACCUGGACCAGACCCGUGCUUUGGCUCUGAAGGUGUUUGAGACUCUCAUCAUUGGUGUUGGACAUCAACAGGCUUGUGGGGUUCUCCAGGACCUGGAGUGUGCUAAUACUGAUGAAGCUGAGGCAGUCUUGGGUCUGGCUGAAGAACUGGGUUCCAGAGGUGGAGGGGAGGGUCCACAGAGUCUAAGCAAAUUCUAUGAAGGCCUAAAGGAGGCGUUACCACGUCACAAAAGUCGGAGUAGUCAAGGCCGAGGACCGGGGCGCAGCCUGGCUGAGACACACCUUCAUGUCAUCAACCUCUUUCUGUGUGUGGCCUUUCUCUGUGUCAGCAAAGACGCUGAUUCUGACCGUGACUCAGCAAAUGACUCUGAAGACACCUCAGGUUAUGAUAGUACUGCAAGUGAACCUCUUGGCGGACGGCUCCCUUAUCUGUCUCCAGAUAGUGUGGCGCUUCCUUCCAAAGAGCAGGUACAGCGGGCUGCAGACGUCUGGUCAGUCUGUCGGUGGAUCUACCUGGCAAGUCCGUUGUUUCAGCGUCAGUUCUUCAGGUUGGGGGGUCUCGAUGUCUGCUUGCGGCUCAUGGCCAUGGUUAUUCAGAAACUUUCCUGUAAAACCAAAGAUGGGAAAGCAAAGAAGAAGAGGGAUGGUAAGGGUAAAGGCAGCCCUGAGUCCACAGUAUCGGCUACUACACUGAGACAGGAAGAAACAAAUGAAGAUUCAUCUGACACCUCAGGGCUUAGUCCUUCAGAGGCCAAAAACAAAGAUUCUACAAAGAAGCUGGAGGAAGAGUGGCAGCUUCAAAGUAUCCGUCUACUUGAGGCACUUCUGGCCAUUUGUCUACACAGCAGUAACUCAGCGCUGCAGAGGAUAGAACCUGAACUUUCUUAUCAGCUCCAGACAGUGGAGGAAACACUUUUUGAAGUGAAAGACCAGCUCUCACGCUCAGGUGUUGUGAACUCCAACCUUGCGAUACCUCUGUUCGACUCCCUCCUGAGAGUGGCUUUGGCUGAGGUGUCAUCGUGUCCUGAGCCACCUGAGGAGAAGCCAGAGAGGAAGCUCCAGGUUUUGGCUGAGGCUGCAGCUCCAACAGACGAUCUGUCUGAGGAGGUGGAUGAGGUGCAGAGCUGUGGAGUUAAGCCCCCUGGGGAGGAGGAGGGCUACGAUGCUGACAGUGAGAGCAAUCCUGAGGACAUGGCCAAGCAGGAAGAAGGAGUGAAGUUUGAAUCUGGCGUGCUGCAGGAGUUGGUGGAAGGGGCUGACGGGCACGGGCGUGGCAUGCUGCUCUUCCCAGAGAUCUGCACGAUGGAGCUGCAGCUCCUCGCCAGUGGCUCCCCGGACUUGGAGGUUCUGAGACAUGUGUUUCACAGUUUGUUGGAUGCAGUGAAGUCCAACCACCGCAAUGCUGCUUUGCUUUAUGACCAGGGUGGAGUCAAAACCAUUCUUUCUGGUUUUUAUAACAUCCUCAGUCAAACCGACCCCUCCCUCACAGAGUGCCAGACUGUGCUCGUGGAACUGCUGGUUGCCAUGGUGAGCCAGCGAAUCACAGCGGAGGAGCUGGCUCUCUUGAUUCGCCUCUUCCUGGAGAAGACCCCACCUACUGAGAUUUUACUAAAGGGCAUUCUACAAGUUGUUGAGGCCAACAUGAGCAUAGAACCCCUCCACUACCUGACCUUUCCAAUGGUCCUUGGGGCUUCAUCACCAGGAACGCUGUCUCCUAACCUCAGACAGAACGGAGCUGCCGGAGGCAAGAGUGUUAGUUCGCUCUGGAAAGGCAAACUUUCUCCUGGGCGUAGAGAAGGAGAAACUGAGUACCGAGUUAGCCACUUCCGUUCCUCUCCCUGGCAUACUGCUCCGCUACACUUGCCCUUAGUGGGGCAGAACUGCUGGCCCCAUAUGGCCAGUGGUUUUAGCGCCUCUAUGUGGCUGAAGGUAGCAGAGCAGGAAGAAAAGGACAGAGACAAAGACAAUGAGGGGAGUCCUUCUGUAUCUGAGUCACAUUGUGGCCCCACUCAGGGUUGCACUAGCUUUUCAGAAGAAGGCCUCAUUCAUAUCCUGUCCAUGGGCUCGAAGGCACUGAUGCUUCAAGUGUGGGCAGACUUCUCUACAGGUUCUCUCACAUUCAGAAUUUGUAUAGACCCAAAUGAUGAGAUAAAAGCAGGGCUGCUGGCGCAGGCAGCCUCUGGUGAGGGACUCCUCAAACCAGGCCAGUGGCAGCACAUUGGUCUCACCUACACCCAGCAGCCAGAGGGCAAGAAGAACAUCCACGGGCGUGUGGUAGUGUGGAUGUGUGGUGUCAGGAGUUGUGAGGUUUCUCUGGACUAUACCCUGCCCAGAAAGUCAAGUCUGUCAUCUGACAGUAACAAAACCUUUUGCAUGUUGGGACACUGUGUGGCGCCAAGUGAAGAGAUGUUGAAGCAAGAUGUACACUGGAGCAUGGGCACUGUGCUUCUCUUCAAUGGGGCUAGAAUAGAAUCUGAGGAGGCUUUCUUCCUUUACACAUGUGGUCCUGACCUGACAUCCAUCAUGCCAUGCAAGUAUGGCAAGCCACGUGGGACAUUUUCCAAGUUUGUCACACAGGAAGGGCUGAAGUGUGACCAUGUACGAGAAAUUCUGAUGAAGAACAAGGACGUGGACACAACAGCUUUGGUUGAGAGUCUGGCUGUUGUUUAUGCCCCAGGAAGCCCCAGAGUCUACAUCAUCUAUGAGCCUGUUAUCAGACUGAAAGGUCAGGCGAAGACGGUCGUUACCCAACGUCCAUUUAGCUCCAAAGAAGUGCAAAGUGUUUCUCUGGAACCAAAUGCACUGAAAGCUCUGCUGCCCACUGAAACCCAAGGCCUGCAGAGCGUCCUGCACAGGAUUGGAGGAACAGGGAAUUUUGUGUUUCUGUUUGCACAGACUGUGGAGCUGAGUGACUGUGAAAAGACCCAGGCCUUGGCCCUGCAGGUGCUACUCUCUCUGUCCAAAUUCAACCAGCAUCGCAUCCACGAAAUGGACUCCUACCAUGGCUACUCUAUGAUUCACCAAGUCCUUAUAAAGUCCAAAUGCAUUGUGGGAUAUCAUAUGCUAAAAACUCUACUGGAUGGGUGCUGCAGUGCCCCGAUCCUCAUCCUGGGGGAUGAUGGACAGUUUUGUUUGGAUGCAGAGUCUAUUGCUGUGGUGCAGGACAUCAGGCUUCUCUCUGAUGUUUUGUUGGACUGGAAGAUCUGGGCUAAGGCUGAGUGUGGAGUGUGGGAAACGCUACUCGCAGCUUUGGAGAUUCUCAUCAGGGUUCACCACCCUCAUCAAGUUUUCAACAUCCGACAGUUUCUUAAGGCUGAGGUUGUCCACCGCUUUCUACUCACCUGUCAGGUGUUACAGGAGCAUCGGGAUGGACAUCUGACCAGCAUCCCACAGGAGGUCUGUUUGUCAUUCGUCAAAAUCAUCCAGGAAGUGCUGGGGUCGCCUCCUGACAUGGACCUGCUCAAACUCAUCUACAACUUCCUGCUGGCUGUUCACCCCCCCACCAACACAUACGUCUGCCACACCCCAUCCAGCUUCUACUUCUCGCUGCACAUCGAUGGAAAGCUGUACCAGGAGAAGGUGCAGUCCAUUAUGUAUCUGAGACACUCCAACAGUGGAGGGAAGUCUGCCAGCAGCUCUGUGAUGUCACUGUCUCCAACCAUCUUCACUGACACUCCCCAGGAAGCUCAUCUCCCUGCUCCUUCCCCUGAACAUGGAGGCGAUGAUCAGUCUUUACGGCCGCCUAGUAUUGCGCCGUCACCGUACUCCUCCCCUCUGCUGACACCACGACUGGGACAUGGUACUUCAAAGGAGGCUGGUGAAGGGGACGGUGUUUCCCUCACGACUUUGGGCAGCACAGAAACACUGAAAAAAAGCGGAGGUGAUGAGCAACUCCUGAGCAGCUGUGAAUCCGCCAAGACCAUCUGUGACUCUAAUGACCAUGGUGAAGGAGGGGGCCAACGCCCCCCUUCCAUUAGCAUCGAAGAGGAGCGAGAUGAGGCAGCAGAGGAGGACAGUUUGGCAGAAGGAAGUGUCGGGGUGGCAGAGUCCGAGGACAGAUUUGACUGGACGAGUGACGAGGCACCCAGACGCCCUGAUAGCCUGAAAGGAAUUCAGUCCUUCCAGAGGAGCCACAGCAACCUGGCCAGCCUGGGCCUGGCUUUCCCAGCAACAAAUGGAUCACUUGCAGUUGGCCGCUGGCCCAGUGUGGCUGAUCGGGGUUCCAUGCCUGAGGACUGGGAGAGCUACACAUACUCACCUGGAUAUGAGAGAGUUCACAGCAAGACGGAGUCUAACGACAGAUCCAGUACUGAGGACUGCCUGGUGCUGAUCUGCUGUGGACUCUAUGAUCUUCUGAGAGGCAUCCUACUGCUCUUGCCUGAUCUCAUGCUAGAGGAAGUGAUGGACAAACUCAUACAGCCAGAGGCCCUCAUUGUCCUGGUCAACCACUCAUCACCUCUCAUCCAGCAAGGAGUCAUGAAGCUGUUAGAUGCCUACUUCAGCCGGGCUCUCAAGGAGCAGAAGGAGAAGUUUCUGAAGAACCAUGGUUUCUCACUACUGGCCAACCAGCUCUACAUCCACCAGGGCAGCCAGGGUCUCCUGGAAUGUUUCCUUGAGAUGCUGUUUGGAAGACCAGUGGGCCUAGAGGAAGAUUUGGAUCUGGAUGAAAUGGAAAGUAUCUCAGCCUUCAGGAAACGCUGCAUCAUUCCAGUCUUGGGUCUGAUUGAGAACUCUCUGUAUGAGAACUCUUUGGUGCACAACAUCUUGUGUAUGCUGCUGCAGCUACUCAAUGCUUGCCCCAAAUUGGCAGACAUCCUUCUAGACCACGGGCUGCUCUACGUGCUCUUCAACACUCUCUCCACCCUCAAUGGCAUGGAGACCAGUAUUCCUCUAAAUGACUACAAACUCCUGGUGUGUGACAUCCAGCAGCUGUUAGUGGCUGUGACCAUCCACUCCUGCAGCUCCUCAGGGUCCCAGUACUUCCGCAUCAUCGAGGACCUCAUUACUCUGCUGGGUUUCAUGCAGACCAGCAAGAUGCGUCGCACACAAGAGAUGGCAGUAGCGCUGCAGUUUCGUGUCCUUCAGUCAGCCAUUGAAUUCAUAAAGACCACAGCCAAUCAGGAACCUCAGAAGCUGAGUAGCUCCGUAAACACACCGAGUUCUCCACAUCACGCCAUCUACCAGAAACGUAAAAGCAUCGCAGGUUCCGUUGCCAUGAAAGACUCCAUUAUCCCCCGCAUUCCCCGACAGCACUACUGCUCCUAUGGCCAGAUCCCCCUGCCCCCUCCCUUCAGCUUUUUGUCUCAGGACUCCCCCCUCCCCUCCCCCUCAGGAGCACCGUCCUACAUGCUCCACUGUGACUCAGGCCGACGGCGUUUUUCUCUGGCCCAAACUGAUUCGCUCCUGAUGCGGAUGCGCUCUGUAGCCAGCGAUGAGCUCAACCAGAUGAUGCAGAGGAGAAUGAGCCAGGAAAACCCUAUUCGUGCCAGUGAGACUGAGUUUGUCCAGCGGCUGCAGAGGCUUGUUGUCCUGGCAGUCAACAGACUGAUUUACCAUGAAGUCAGUCAGGACCUGUUUGACCUACUCAAUAUUCCGGACUCUCCAGACCAACAGCCUUUCACACCAGAUCCAAGUGAUCUGCAACAGGAAGAUAGUGGUCCCACAUCAGUUCCACACUCUCCCACACCGUUAACACUGCCACCUGCCAGCAAGAAGAACUUUCAGAAAGACAUUCUCAGACUCAUGAUGGACGGGAUCAAAAUUAGCCUGGGCAGCACUGGUCGGGGAGGAGCCCCACAUCAGCAGUGGCGAAGGAUCCUGUGGUCUUGUCGCGACACAUUCCGGGUUCAGAUCGGCCGCCUGCUGGUGCACACGCUGAGCCCUGCACUUCCUCUGUGUGACAGGAAAGAGUCCCUGGAUUUUGUGUUUGAUCCUAGACAUUUGGAUAUUCUAAAAGAGAGCCUGAGCCCAGGACUAGAGCAUGGGCCAAAGUUGUCACUGUACCUGUACGAGAUGCUGCAUGAUCACAAGGACGGCCUCACCAAAGAUGAGCAGAAUGCUGUGGGUGUUUUCAUGACCUCGCUGAAGCUUUGUGGCCAUCGCUGCAUCCCACCCAACGCUCCACACAAACAAGAGUUGCACAGGGCUAUAAAAGAAGAAAAACUGAAGUAUGAAGCUGAAGAGAAAACAAGCAAAGUGGCAUGGGAAAAGAAAAUGACAAAUACUCAGAGAAAUCUUAUCCAGAGGCUAGAAGGAAAGUCGAAGGACAUUUCCAAGAUAGCCGCUGAUAUCACCCAGAAUGUGUCUCUGCGACAAGGCAUGGAGAGAAAGAAAGUCAUCCAGCACAUCAGGGGUCUCUACAAGACUGACCUGAGCGCCAGCCGCCACUGGCAGGAGCUGGUGCAACAACUCACACACGAUCGUGCUGUUUGGUACGAUCAGACCUCCUACCCAACGUCCUGGCAGCUGGAUCCCACUGAGGGGCCUAAUCGGGAGCGACGGCGGCUACAGAGGUGCUACCUCACCAUUCCCAACAAAUACUUGCUCAAAGACAGGCGCAAGUCUGAAGACACCAUGAAGCCUCCACUGUCCUUCCUUUUUGAGGAUAAGACUCACUCUUCAUUCUCCUCUACUGUCAAAGACAAAGCCACCAGCGAGCCCAUCAGAUUUACCAGACGGUGCAUCAGUGUUGCCCCCUCCAGAGAGACGGCAGGGGAGCUGCUGCUGGGAAAGUCUGGGAUGUACUUUGUGGAGGAUAACGCUGCUGAUCACGACAACCAGAGCCUUCAAGCGGAGACCGAGGCUCCUUCGUUUUCCUGGACAUACGAGGAGAUCAAAGAGGUGCACAAACGCUGGUGGCAGCUGAGAGACAACGCUGUGGAGAUUUUCCUCACCAACGGGCGAACCCUGCUGUUAGCCUUCGACAACACCAAGUUCCGCGAUGACGUCUACCACAACAUCCUGACCUCUGAUCUGCCAAAUCUGCUGGAGCACGGAAACAUCACGGCGCUGACACAGCUGUGGGGCUCAGGUCAGAUCACCAACUUCGAGUACCUCACACAUCUCAACAAGCACGCGGGGCGCUCCUUCAAUGACCUCAUGCAGUACCCUGUGUUCCCCUUCAUCUUGAGAGACUACACCAGUGAGACACUGGAUCUGCAGGAAGCAAGCAUCUACAGGAACCUGAUCAAACCCAUCGCAGUGCAGUCGAAAGAAAAGGAGGACCGAUACGUGGACAAUUACAGGUACCUGGAGGAGGAGUACAAGAAGGGCAUCCGUGAGGACGACCCCAUGCCUCCGGUCCAACCCUACCACUACGGCUCACACUACUCCAACAGCGGCACCGUGCUGCAUUUCCUAGUACGAAUGCCUCCUUUCACCAAAAUGUUCCUGGCAUAUCAGGAUCAGAGCUUUGAUAUCCCAGACCGUACCUUUCACUCCAUGAACACCACCUGGCGACUCUCCUCCUACGAGUCCAUGACUGACGUUAAAGAGCUCAUCCCAGAGUUUUUCUACCUCCCAGAAUUCUUGGUCAAUAGAGAAGGGUUUGACUUUGGGGUUCGUCAGAACGGUGACAGGGUGAAUCAUGUAAAUUUACCGCCCUGGGCUCGAAACGACCCACGUCUGUUCAUCCUGAUCCACCGACAGGCGCUGGAGUCAGAGCAGGUCUCACACACACUGUGCCAGUGGAUAGACCUGGUGUUUGGCCUUAAGCAGAAAGGCAAAGCUGCUGUCCAGGCCAUCAAUGUCUUCCACCCUGCUACCUACUUUGGAAUGGACGUCUCUGCAGUGGAAGACCCAGUGCAGCGACGCGCUCUGGAGACAAUGAUAAAGACGUACGGACAAACGCCCAGGCAGCUAUUCAGCGCCUCUCACAUCGGCCGGGCCGGACCGAAGCUCACCAUGGAGGGCGAGCUGCCGGCAGCCGUGGGCCUCUUGGUUCACCUGGCCUUCAGAGAAAACAGAGAGCAGAUCAAGGAAAUAGUCUGUCCGAGCCCACUGCCCUGGAUCAAAGGUCUGAAGUGGGGUGAGUACGUGGGCUCACCCUCUGCUCCAGACCCAGUGGUCUGCUUCAGUCAACCGCACGGGGAGAGGUUCGGAUCCCUGCUGGCUCUUCCUACGCGAGCCAUCUGUGGUCUGUCCCGGAAGUUCUGCCUCAUGAUGAUCUACAGCAAAGAACAAGGUGUGCGGAGUAUGCACAGCACAGACAUCCAGUGGUCAGCCAUCCUGAGCUGGGGCUACGGCGACAACAUACUGCGGCUGAAGAGCAAACAGAGUGAACCGCCCAUCAACUUCAUUCAGUGCUCACAGCUCCAUCAGGUGACCAGCUGUGCCUGGGUGCCUGAUGGCUGCCAGCUUUUCACAGGUAGUAAAUGUGGAGUCAUCACCGCCUACAGCAACCGCUUCACCAGCACCACGCCGUCAGAGAUGGAGGUGGAAUCUCAGGUCCACCUGUACGGUCACACUGGAGAGGUCACCAGCCUGUUUGUCUGUAAACCCUACAGCGUCCUGAUCAGCGUCAGCCAAGAUGGCACCUGUAUCCUCUGGGACCUCAACAGGCUGUGUUACGUCCAAAGCCUGACGGGACACAAAAGUCCAGUCACUGCUGUCUCUGCCAGUGAGACCACAGGAGACAUUGCCACAGUGUGUGACUCAGUUGGCGGCGGCAGUGACCUGCGUCUGUGGACGGUGAACGGCGACCUGAUUGGUCAUGUUCACUGCAGAGAGAUCAUCUGCUCUGUGGCCUUUUCCAACCAGCCUGAGGGAGUGUCUGUCAAUGUCAUAGCUGGAGGCCUGGAGAACGGUGUUGUCAGGUUGUGGAGCACCUGGGACUUGAAACCAGUCCGAGAGAUCACUUUUCCUAAAUCCAGUAAACCUAUCGUCAGCCUCACGUAUUCAUGCGACGGACACCACCUCUACACGGCCAACAGCGAGGGCACGGUGAUGGCCUGGUGUCGGCGUGACCAGCAGAGAAUGAAGCUGCCCAUGUUCUACUCCUUCCUCAGCAGCUACGCUGCAGGCUGACAGCGUGGUGUCUGACGUUUGAGACUGUCAGCAGGAGGAGCUCCGCUCUCCUUCUCCUUCUUCUCCUGCUCUUUGUUCCCUCUCAGGGGAGCACUUGUCAGCAUGGCCUCGACCUCCCUGAACCCUCCUUGACUUUUAAGUAAAGCCAUCGCCAGCUGAGCAAACACUACUCCCAGCAUCCAGAGAUGAUUAAUAUUAAAUAGUAUUAUAUGUAUAUAAAUAUAUAUUUAUAGACUCGCGGCGGGGGGAUUGCGGGGUGACCACGGGUGGGUGGGGGGGUGGAAGGGUGGAUGGAUUAUUUUGGUCGAGGCUGCAACAGACACUUUGCACAAUAAUGCAUUUUGUCUUACAUUGUCUUGUCUUGAUUUUUCUGCACGCUGAGAUUCUCCUGCGAUUCCCUGCUUUUGGUGUUGACCUUUUUGUUUUUUUUUUGUUUGGUUUGGUUUUUGCUGCUAUGAUCUGACAAAAUUCCAGGUGCGUGCCCCACAAAUCACCCACAUCUCAAUAGCGGGUCUCCUCAGAACUCAGUGUGUUUGUGGUGCUGACACCGCAGUAGUGAAGAGGAAAGAACAUCUUCAUGUCUGUCGCUGUGGGACGACCCACCCUGUGGGAGUGGGACACUGAUCCACUCAGUAGUCACAGCCCUGCGUCACAUACUAUACAUACUAGCUCAGCAGUAGAUUGUCAUUGGGGGUGGUGGGCUCCGGGGGCUGGACUGAUUCCUUAAAUAUGAGCUGAUUCUUCUGCUGACUUCUGCAUGCUGAUGUGAGUCUGACCUUGUCAGAGUGACAUCUGCUGUCACCUGGCCUCUGAUUGGUUAAACGAUUUAUUGAUUGGAUUUUUUUUUUUUGGUUUGGUUUUGUUUCACUGCUGGUCUUAUGUACUACAACCCUUCACUGCAUCAUCCAGCUGGCUGACAUAAUGUAAGAGAGAGCAGCUAACAAAACAGCAUUAGCUUCCUGGAGCUAGAAGAGAUGCAGAGAGGAUUAGCCUUUGACUAGCAUCAUCCUCACUGAGCCUUUGUACCUGCUCAGCAUUAAUGAAAAGUUCACUCUCCUCCAGUCUGACCUUGGCAUUACACUACAUCUAGACAUGUUCCUCUCUCGUACACCUGCUCUGAACCCUGCUCCUGUCCCUUCACUCUUUAGUCAGUGCACAGCUUUGGUGGAGAGCGUCAUUUCUCUGAGCAGAGAUGUUUAAUCAAACAAACCGCGAAAAAUCGAAGCAGGAUCCUGUCGACCGAACAUCUCCCUCCUUCUCCCACCCCUGUGUCUGUGACACUUCUUCACAUUCCUAAUAAAAUCUACCGCACUUCGUCAUUUCGUCAGUGAUGAUAUGUUAGAAUAUAUAUAUAUAUAUAUAAACUAUGAUUUAAUUCCAUACUCUCUGAUCUUAAUCUAGACUGUGCUUUCAUUUGAUGCCACUAAUAAAUCCCGUUCACAACAGCAAUAUCAGGCGUCAACAUGCAAUAGGUCAUGAUGUGAGGAACCUGUGGUUUCCCUCCAGCAGCUGUGGCUCUUCUCCUGUUGCCUUCACUUUCCGAAUCCCUGUCGUACAUUUCUCACCUUGCGCAUUUCACUUCUUUACAUGAAAGGGAAUAUUUCUGAGCGUGUCAUUCCUUUUGUGUUCUUCUCGUCACGUCCGUGCUCGUCGUCUGUCUCUCUGUCCUUAUUCAGGCCUGUUAAACGCCUGAGGUUACUGCGAAUGUUUACUAUGUCUCCUGUUUGCAUGUGUACAUACCUUUUCCUCCUCUGAGAUUUUAAGAGUUUUUCCAUGACAACCAAAAUCCCAUUUCCCUUAAGACAUCUGUGUGUGCAAAUAUCCUGAAAGGCAGAUGUAAUAACUGGCGAUGGAAAAGAAAUAUUUUUGUUAACUUGAGCUAUGCAUUAAUGAAGAUCCUUGUCUGAGGUCCAUGGAGUCUGACCUGUGUGUGUGCAGGUUCUGUGGUUUGGUAUCUACUGAAAGGUCAUACUGUGUUGGUUUGUGCUUGUGUAUAUAUAUAUAUAUAUAUAUAUAUAUAUAUGUGUGUGUGUGUGUGUGUGUGUGUGUGUGAGUGUGCUUGUGUAUGUAUGGACAAACCAAGUGAUGUGUAUAUUAUAAAUAUAUAAAUAUUUGAAGAAAUAUUACUACAUCUGUUGUCAGUUUUAACUUCACUCUUAGCAUAAAAAUUCACUUAUUUUUUUUAUAAAAAUACUUUGUGAAGUUUUGAUGUCACACCUGUGGUUGAUCAAAUACAGCCAUUUUUUUCAAGAUUUUCGAUGAAAGUUCAGGACAGUUUUGGCCUAGCUUCUUCAAGAAUGGUCUGAGAGUGCUGUAAAGUAAAGGACAUAGUUAUUCCAGUUCUAACGUAGAACACAGAAAAAAUAUUUAGGAUUUAACCAAUACCUAUUGAAGUGCUCAGAAUACUGUUACAAAGCCACUGCAACAUGUUUAUGUUUAAAUUCAACAAUUAUAAAUAAAAAAACAGU